CUGCAACCACUUCCGCUGACCCGGAUGUGAACACGACUUUUAUUUCCCUUUUUCUCCAGGAAGGAUGCAGCAUUUUCUUCGUUUAGAAACAUGAAUAUGUUUAAUGUGAAGAAAACCUGAAGCAUUAGAUUAUAUUUAUCUUUAUUUUUUAAGUUUCCACCAGAUAAAUUCCUGCUGACCUCCGUAAAUAAUCCAACAUGUCUCAACAGGGGUAUCAGUCACCGGACGACAAAAGUUUGGAUUCACAAGAAGCAGAAUGGGCCAGCCUGGGGAAGACCCCGAUCCAAAUCCUGCAUGAGUAUGGGACUGCCAGUGGGAACGCUCCUGUGUACGAGAUGGAGAAAGCUGAAGGAAGUGGCCACCAGCCCAGCUUCUUCUUCAGCGUGAGAGUUGCAGACAUUCGGUGUACAGGUCAAGGUCCUACUAAAAAGGCUGCUAAACACCAGGCUGCAAGUGCUGCGCUGAAGCUGUUGAACCUCGAUUCUAAAAAAUUGACCUCUCCUGGGAAGUCCGACACCAACGGGGAUGCAGCGGAUGCAAACUACAAUCCCAGCUCUGUGUCCCUUCUGCAGGAGUUAACGAUCCAGAGAGGAUGGCGUCGGCCUGAAUAUGCAGUUCUAGCUGAGUCUGGUCCACCACAUCAGAGGGAGUUCACUGUCGCUUGUAGAUUUGACUCUCUUACAGAAAAAGGUGUUGGAAGUUCUAAAAAAGCAGCAAAAAGGGAGGCUGCAGAGAAAAUUGUGGCAAAGCUUCAAAGUUUGUCAGGCGGUCCGGAGAUCACCUGGACUCCUAAACCGAGUGUCCUCCUCGAGAAUGUGAAAAAGUCCUCCGCAGAAAAGAUUUCCCUACUGAGGAGAAGCCCGCUGAACAUUCCCAACGCGGAUUACAUUCAGAUGUUGUUGGAUCUGUCCCACGAGCAGGGCUUCGAGGUCACAUACUAUGAUAUUGAUGAGCUGACUGUAAACGGACAGUACCAGUGCCUGGCAGAACUAUCCACCGACCCCGUCACCAUGUGUCACGGCACCGGCAUCUCCUGCAGCAACGCUCACAAUGUGGCGGCACAUAGCGCGCUCCAGUACAUCAAGAUCGUAGCCUCCAGCAAAUAGACACAUCCGCCUGACCACAGCAAUCACAGAUAUCAGCUGACGGCUCGUCAUAACAAGGUCCUCCUGCAAUAUGAGCUGAAGAUCGGUGAAGUGUGUGUUUAUUAUGGUGUGUAUGUGUGUGUGAAAACGGUUUCAUUCUUAUGCUUGCUGUAAAAUCAUUGGGAUUUGUAAAGAUUUAUUUUUGUAGUCAUGUAGAGCGGCUUCAGACACCACAGAAAUGAUAGAUCAGUGAUUUAUUUAGCCCCCCCCCCCCCCCCCAGUGUUGCAUUUUCCCCAUAUAUGCAGCUUUACUUUGACCAGGAUGUACUUUUUAUUAUGAUAUGAGGAUUGUUUGCAUUUCAUUCCACAACUGAAAUAGAAUUUGUAUUUAUUUUACUUUUAACACUAUUGAGUCUGUCGAGUGGAAUCAGCAGCUUUAUUUUUGUGUUUGGGGAAGAAAGUAAAUGUUAAAGCUCAAAAACCAGUCCAAUCCUGUUGUCUGUUGCUGUUGCUCCUGUGGGGUGCCUCAUUAUAUAAAUAAGCAAACUAAUAUAUUUAUCAGAAAUGUCCUGGCCUGUGCUUGCUGUUAUAAAAAAUUAACCCUGAGUGCAGAAAAUAACACCGAUCUGAACCUUAA